AUGUCUCACAGCUCAAUCACAAUGGGCUGGACCUCAACCGCAUGAACCGCCAAACCGGCGCUCGCUGCCGCCCGUCUAUUUUCAGCCUGCCCACAGGUAUGAGGGAUUUCUCGUUGACGCACUAUAUUUCAGCGACAGACACUCCACAAUCCGCCGCCGAGUGAGUAACAUACUCUCUGUUUACAUUUUGUUUGUGACUACUUGGCGUCGAGAGGCUCCCCCGGAGACGAAGCAAAGCGCGGAUAUGGUUCAGGAGACGCCUUGGAGAGCAUGAAACCAGAAUUGUUCCCCUUUUAACCAUCUUGCCGCUAUCAACUCCUGUUUUACGCACACGGAGCGCUUGGAUUUAUUGCAACCCAGGCAACUGUGCGCACACCGGAGCACAAACCCAGUGGGAUGACAAACCUCAGCGGCAUAUUCACGGGGUGAACAUCAGCCUCCUAGAUGUCAGGGAGAUGAAAUCCCCAGCAGCAGGUCUGGAUAUUAACUCAGGAGGGUUUAUUAGGCCGCUCGUUUAACAACAGCAAACCGAGGCGACUGUGUUAGAUCGUUACUUGUUCGAUAAGGGAGUAACCAUGUCCAGAACACUGAAGAAGAAGAAACACUGGUCCAGUAAGGUGGUGGAGUGCGCGGUGUCAUGGGGGAACCUGGGGGACUUUGGCUCCGUGGUGGAGGUCCUCGGAGGAGCAGAGCUGGGACAGUUCCCCUACCUGGGCCAGAUGAAGCUGGACGUGCUGGUGUGUCACGUCGGGAAGCUGCCCUACUACGGGGACGUUUUGCUGGAGGUGAACGGGACGCCAGUCAGUGGACUUACAAACCGUGACACCCUGGCUGUCAUACGCCACUUUCGGGAGCCGAUUCGCCUGAAGACGGUCAAACCAGGAAAAGUAUUGAACACAGACCUGCGCCACUACCUCAGUCUGCAGUUUCAGAAGGGCUCACUGGACCACAAGCUCCAGCAGAUCAUACGAGACAACCUCUACCUACGCACCAUCCCCUGCACCACACGGCUUCCUCGAGAGGCAGAGGUGCCAGGAGUUGACUACAACUUCAUCAGUGUUGGAGACUUCAGGAUCCUGGAGGAGAGUGGACUCCUACUGGAGAGUGGAACCUACGAUGGUAACUACUACGGGACCCCGAAGCCUCCAGCGGAACCCAACCUGGUGCAGCCCGACCUGGUGGAUCAGGUGCUGUUUGAUGAAGACUAUGGUGGAGAUGUCCCCAGGAAACGCACCACUUCAGUCAGCAAGAUGGACAGGAAGGACAGCGCGGUCCCCGAGGAGGAAGAUGAUGAUGAGAGGCCACCGCUGGUCAAUGGAUUGCCUGAGCACAAAGAGGGGGCAGACUGGAGGAAAGCGGUGCCCAGCUACACCCAGUCCAGCAGCACCAUGGACUUCCGCACAUGGAGUUCUCUCCCUCGCGAUGACAGCCUGGAGCCCCUGCCCCUUAACUGGGAGAUGGCUUACACUGAGACCGGCAUGGUCUACUUCAUAGAUCACAAUACCAAGACGACCACGUGGUUGGACCCCCGCUUGGCGAAGAAGGCGAAGCCCCCUGAGAAGUGUGAAGAUGGAGAGUUGCCUUACGGCUGGGAGGAAAUCGACGACCCACAGUACGGCACAUACUAUGUCGACCACAUCAACCAGAAAACCCAGUUUGAGAACCCGGUCCUGGAGGCAAAAAAGAAGCUGAGCCAAGAGACGGCUGCGAUCCAACAAGCCGCAGCAGCACCUUCCCAAGGUAAGGGCGGUGCGUUUGGCUUCACUUCAGACCCCAGCGAGCUGAAGGGUGAGAUGUACCAUACGGCGCUGAAGAAGAGUGCCCAGGGAUUCGGAUUCACCAUCAUCGGAGGCGACCGCACGGAUGAGUUCCUGCAGGUGAAGAACGUUCUCGGUGAUGGCCCCGCUGCCCACGACAACAAGAUGGCCUCUGGUGAUGUGAUCGUUGAGAUUAACGGGAUGUCUGUUCUGGGGAAAACCCAUCCAGAGGUGGUGCAGAUGUUCCAAUCCAUUCCCAUCAACCAGUAUGUGGAUAUGGUCCUUUGCCGUGGCUACCCGCUUCCUCCAGAUGUGGAUCUAGACAGCGACGACCCUCUCCCGCCGCCUCCUCCCCCGCCGGCCACGCAGCCCCAGCAGGCCCUGCACGGCGGGGAGGUGGUGACGGCCGUGCCGCUCAUCAACGGACAGCCGCUUCUGGUGAAGGGCGACGUCCUCCACGGCUCCUCUCAGGAGCUCCACUACGUCACUACGGACGCCAGCGGGCGGCCCGUGGUGGCGGCCAUGCCCAACGGGAGGCAGGGAGGGGAGCUGACCGCGGGGUUGCUGCAGCCGGAGCUGGUGAGCGUGCCGCUGGUUAAAGGCCCCGGAGGGUUCGGGUUUGCCAUUGCUGACUGCCCGCUGGGUCAGAAGGUGAAGAUGAUCCUGGACGCCCAGUGGUGCCGCGGCCUGCAGAAAGGAGACGUCAUCAAGGAGAUCAACAGGCAAAACGUGCAAACGCUGAGCCACGCCCAAGUGGUGGACAUCCUCAAAGACUUACCAGUGGGCAGCGAGGUCAACGUGCUGGUGCUGCGAGGAGGUCAAACAUCCCCUGUGAAGAGUCUAAAGCCUAGACAGGAAAUGACAGCCAGCACCGAGACUUUGGACGCGAUCACAGACUCCGCCCCCCAGGCCCUGCCUUACCACUCCAACACGAGCACCCUGCGCUCCGCCGACUCCCCAAAACGAGACGCCACAGAGCUGUACCUGAAGUCAAAAGCCCUGCUGGAGAGCAGACAGCCUCACACCAAAGACAUAGAUGUUUUUCUGAAGAGAGACAUUGAAACGGGCUUUGGCUUCCGUGUUCUGGGAGGAGAAGGUCCGCAGCAGCCAAAUGUUUUCCCCCAGGUGUACAUCGGGGCCAUUGUGCCCAACGGAGCCGCAGAGAAAGACGGUCGGCUGAGAGCAGGAGACGAGCUCAUCGGCAUCGACGGCGUGAUGGUUAAAGGUCGUUCACACAAGCAGGUGCUGGAUCUGAUGACAAACGCCGCUCGUAACGGUCAAGUCAUGUUGACUGUGCGCAGAAAGGUCAUCUACAGAGAUGCGACAGAGGAGGAGGCUCAGGAAAUGACUCCAGUGCUGGUGAACGGCUCUCCCAAGCUACCUCGCCUGCCGAUGCCCAGCGCCCUGGACCACGAGUCCUUCGACAUCACGCUGCACCGCAAAGACUCCGAGGGCUUCGGCUUCGUCAUCCUCACCUCCAAAAGCAAACCGCCGCACGGAGUCAUUCCACACAAAAUUGGCCGAAUCAUUGAAGGCAGUCCCACCGACCGCUGCGGCCUGCUGCACGUCGGAGAUCGUAUCUCGGCGGUCAACGGGCGCUCCAUCAUCGAGCUCUCCCACAAUGACAUUGUUCAGCUUAUCAAGGAGGCCGGCAACGUCGUCACCCUCACUGUGGUUCCUGAGGACGAAUACAAGGGCCCUCCAUCUGGAGCCAGUUCAGCUAAACAGAGUCCAGCUCUUCAGCACAGAGCCAUGGGGCAAAGGUCUGCACUACAGGAUGAACGUUACAACCUGGACCUGGAGGAGAAGAGGGAGGGAGUCAACUGGUCCGACCACAAAAGUCUUUCACUGAGUGAGCAGGGAACGCUGUGUGUGACAGGACCCAACCAGGGUUGUCUGACAGUGGAGUUGGAGAGGGGUCCCAGGGGGUUUGGCUUUAGUCUGCGAGGGGGAACUGAGUACAACAUGGGCCUGUACAUCCUGAGACUGGCCGAGGACGGACCUGCUCAGCUGGAUGGAAGGAUCCAUGUGGGAGAUGAGAUAGUGGAGAUCAACGGGGAGCCGGCGCGCGGCAUUUCCCACACACGGGCUAUUGAACUGAUCCAGGCUGGAGGAAGCAAAGUGGUACUGCUGCUGAGACCUGGGGCAGGUCUGGCUCAAGAUGGCAGUCAACAUGAUCAAAAACUCAUUUCACCCACAAGCUAUUCCGGAGAGUUGUUUUACUCUGACACAUCACCCCUGUCCUCUCCAUAUCCCACUGGGGCUUCCAUCUUUGUUCCCUCUCCCUUCUCCAGCAAACUGAAACAUUCCCACAGCUGGAGCAGCAUCUCCCCACAAGGUCUCAAGCCCCGCAGCAGGGGUUUAAGCUCAGUGGAAGAGAACGUUGAGUGGGCAGACAAAGAGGUUGGAAGGCUCUCUCCCGCCUCCCCUGAGCAGAUGAACUUCUACAAGAGGACCAGGCCCGCAAAACUCCCUCUCAACUCCAGAGAGCUAAGCAGCCCAAAGAAAACAGGGGAGACAUUUCCUAAAGCCAAAGAGCAACAUCACGGUCCCAAAAAGACAGAGAGUAAGGCACAGGAAGAACAAGCGAGCAGGAGCAGGAUGUCUCAGACACAGACAAAAACACGAUCCACAAGCCCUCGCAAGGCUCCUCAAGCUGGACAGCAAGUGGCUGCGACCCUGCAUCAACAAGCCCCUCAGAGGAGAUUAAAAGACUCUUCUAGCAGGGAGAGCUUGGAUCAUGAAAAGAAAAACGGCAAAGGGGGGACACUCGAGAUCAGAAGAUACUCACAAAGACAGGAGAUGGAAGGGAGAGGAGAAAGGACCAAGCCUAGCCGUGAGCAACAAAGUUUCAUAAGAAGGGUGGGAGAGCCGCACCACCACAGGACGUCUCCUCAUACAGUCAGAGAGAGCGAGAAAGGUACAGGCAAAGACUCAGGGCAGAGAGAUGCUAAUGGGAAGUACAAACCCACCGACGUCAGGAAUCCAAGCAAAGAAACUAUCAAGAGAGAAUCGCUUUUGUCUUUUAAAGAUAAGUGGAUCAGAAAAGGUUCGGUCAUUUCACCACGAGAGGCAAAAGGAAAAGAAGACACAUUUUCUCACUCCAAAGACGUCAGUAGUAAAGAAGACUUUGUGGCCUCUAUAAACAGUUCUCCAGGGCCCUUGCAGAGCCCAAAGGGACCUAUUAGCCCUGGCCCUUGGAAAGUGCCCAGCUCAGCCAAAAUCCUCUCCCAGGCGGAGGUCCUUCGCGGCCCCUUGUGAUAGAAUAUUGAAUCACCCAGACUUGAGAAAUAUUUAACCCUCAGUGGAUUGUUUUUCUGAGUUCUUCCAUAAAAAACAGAGAAGGGCAACAUGUUGCCACUUUUAUUACCUUGGGAUCAUGUCCAGAUUUGUCUUUUCAACUAGGUCUUUUUUGGGAGUCCUGUGACAUCACGUGUUGGCAUGUAGCAGCUCCCCCUCUGCCUUGUCCGCUGCUUCAGCAUCUUUGAUGUGGGACUCAAGCAUGUGCGGCGUGCUCGGGGCCUUGCCAGUCGAGACAUUUUGAAAUGUGAAUAUGUGCCAAUCCUGGGAGCCUCCUGUGGAACAACGACUACCAACAGCGCUUCACCCAUUACAAUGCAAUGACCCAUAUGCAAAGAAAGGAGAUAGGCCCUCGCCUCUCGCCUGUAGUAUACACCAAGUGUGACUGUCAUCUAGUGUUUAAUUUUGCUCUCGGCCUCAUUGUGGGAUAUUUUGACUGUCUUUUUCUUAAGCGUUUGCUCAACUGCAUGCAGUCGGUCCUUCUGUUUGUUUUACUGCACGUGUUCUGCACAUCACUGAGGAUGAUCCUGUCUCUUGUUUAUAAUUCUCAUUCUCAACACCAGGCAGAUUUCUAAUACAAUCCAGCAAGCGUUCACUUUACCGGGGACUCUAGACUGUUCUAUGAUAAUAGACAUGACUCUCCUCCAUACAAAACAGUAUCAUUAAAAAGACCAGAAACUUGUGGUUUGAGAUCUUGUUUACCAUGUGUAUGAUAACCAACCAGUGUGUAAUUUAUUGAGAUGAUAGAUUAAUAUGUGUAUAUGUAGCUGUACCAAGCCAUUCCACAUUUUGAUAUAGACUUCAAAGAUUUGUCCCAUGUUAUUUGAACUCUCACCAUCCCGCCAAUGUACUUCAGUGGUAGGAAUCGCCAUGGAUCUCGUAGUUCAUGAAAAUGUAUAGGUAACGUGCAAACCGCUGUACCAAAUGUUUGCAAUCGCUCAAAACGUGUCUCAUUGUGAAAUAUAAUAUAAUAUAUAUAUUUGAAUGUGUCAUGUUUUGCAGAUUCUAACUUUUAAAUAUCUAUUGAAUUCCAUUGCACUGCAUCUGCCCUUGUAGCAUAACAGAAUGAACAUGAGUUGUAUUUAAUUUGUGAUGUUGACUUGCUACCAAUGCCAUUUUAAUAUUGUUAUUAUUAUUAUUUUGUAAAGGCGAUUUCAUUUUUUCUAAAAGAUUCACUGUUUAAGGCCAAAAAGGCAAUUUGUAUAAUAAUGUGCAAGUUCUGAGUCAUGUCCCUGAUGGUUUUACCUUUGCCUACUGAUAGAGGGAAAAUGAGGGUUUUAAAAUGUAUGUUUUUUUUGUUUUUUUUGGUCAAUCCUGCUGUGUAAUUAUCUGCCAGGGUAGCUUGAAGGAUAAUGGAGCUUAGAAAGGGAUGUGGUGGUUUACUGAGAUAUAGAGCAUGCUGCUGAUGUAAGACAGGUAUACAGAGAGCCCAUUUCUUACAGAACUUAAAGGGGACGUAUUAUGCAAAUUUUCAGUUUAAGGCUUUUCUACAAGAACAUGUUUACACGCUUAAAUGUAAAAAGAAACCAACAUAUUUUUCUUUAAUUAUUUGUCUGAAUAUAGCUGUAUCCACCCUCUGUCUGAAAUGCUCCCUUUUAGCGCCUGUCUCUUUAAGCCCCCCCUCAAAAGGCCCAGUCUGCUCUGAUUGGCUUGUGAAAAGAACAUGGUGCAAGUUUACAACAGUAGCAAUUCUUUCAGCUCCGACAAAACCUAGCGGAACAUUUAUUUGGAUGGAAAUGGGGUUGUGUGAAACACCCUGUUGCCCUUUCUGCCUGUUUUGAAAGGCGACCAUGUCAUCAAAACUUACUGGAAAAAAUUAGCUGGAAAAUACAUUUAUAAAUGAAAUGCUUUGAACAGUUUGCAGUGGAUAAAAGUUUAAAUACAAGUUGCUCUGACACACCUACCGAACGAGAGACAAAGUACCUCAAAGUCCAAAUCUUUUCAAACCCUGUUGACAUUGAAUGUGGGUGGCUAAGUACAUUUACUCAAGUACUGUACUUAAGUACAAUUUUGAGGUACUUGUCCUAUACUUGAGUAUUUCCAUUUAUGCAACUUUAUACUUCUACUCCACUACAUUUUAGAGGCAACUUUUGUACUUUUACUCCACUACAUUUUGCUGACAGCUUUACAGGGGAUUCCUUUAAUAUGAAAAACAUGAUUCAUUUGAAACAAUUAUGCUCUGUUAGAAAUUUAACCACAUAACAGCAUUUUAAAAUCAACCAAUAAAAUGCUGCUUGCGUAAUUAUAAUACUAAUAAAAUAAUACAUUUGGAAUAUGUCUAACGACCUAAGCAGGGCCCCUGUGAAUAACAAGUACUUUUACUUUUGAUACUUUAAGUACAUUUUGAUGCUGGCACUUUUGUAUUUUUACUUAAGUAAGGUUUUGAAUGCUUCUAGCCUGUGACAUAGGAAUGGGAGCAAAUUCUGAAUGGCUUGUUGGAUGUUUUAGGAUCUAAGCAGCCCACAAACAACUGACUGGUUGUCUUACUUCACAGCUUGCAGGUUGGUCGGCAUAAGCACUGGAAAGUGAUUUCUUUUCAUAAUAUGUCCCCUUUAAGGUUUGUUUAGCUGGUGGCUUUAAGAUAAACGAUUGGUUUCAUACAUGGGGUCGGUGCAAAUGACAUAGUCUAAAGAAAAUAUCGUCAGCAUACCUGCUAAUACAACGUGUGAGACAUUAAGACAUGUUCAGAUGAGCUCAGGGAACACAGUAUAGUAGCAAAUGUGUGAUAAAGUCAGUGAUGGUUCAGGUCUGUGCUUGACUGUGAUAAGAGCCUGUGAUUGUAUAAGGGAG